CUACGUGUGGCAGGGCCAACUCGCGCAGCAUAGCGGUUAAGCGGACAGGAGCGCGUGCAGUGGGACGUUGAUUAUUCCUAUAAAUACCUGGAGUGUUCCUAACCUCCAGCUAACAAUGACAGAUACAAAGAGACUUGCGUUCUCCAUUAUCCAGUUCCUCCAUGACCAGCUGACGUCUGGGGGCUUGUCAUCAGAUGCUCAAGAAAGUUUAGAAGUUGCCAUUCAGUGUCUAGAAACAGCCUUCAGCGUCUCGACUGAGGACCAGAGUUUAGCAGUUUCUCAGACUUUACCAGAAUUAUUUGCAGCAGCAACUGUCAAGGUAGCAGAUACUCCUCAGGUUAAAGUCACCUCAGAUAAUAGUUCGCCUACAGUCGAUCAGAUAGCAGAGGCAGAACAACUGAAAAGUGAUGGAAAUGACCAGAUGAAGGUGGAAAACUUCAGUGCAGCCGUGGAAUUCUACUCCAGAGCCAUUCAGCUAAAUCCACACAAUGCAGUUUACUAUUGCAACAGAGCUGCUGCAUACAGCAAACUUGGUAACUACGCUGGAGCAGUUCAAGAUUGCGAGUGUGCCAUUGGAAUUGAUCCAAACUACAGUAAAGCAUACGGACGAAUGGGACUGGCACUUUCAAGUUUGAACAAACACACAGAGGCUGUGGGCUACUACAAGAAAGCUUUGGAGAUGGACCCCGAGAACGAAACGUACAAAUCAAAUUUGAAAAUUGCUGAGCAGAAAAUGAAAGAAACACCAAGCCCAACAGGCGGUAUGGGUGGAGUUGACCUUGCUGGUUUGCUCAGUAAUCCCGGUUUUAUGAGCAUGGCUUCCAAUCUAAUGAAUAACCCACAAGUACAACAGCUUGUGUCAGGAAUGAUGUCCGGGUCUUACGGGCCUGUGGGUAGCACUGCAGCUCCAGCCCCAGGACCUCCAAAUGACAUAUCUGGCCUUAUUCAAGCUGGCCAGCAGUUUGCCCAGCAAAUGCAGCAGCAGAAUCCUGAGCUCAUCGAGCAGUUGAGGAGUCAAAUCCGGAGCCGGCCUCCUAGUGCAAGUAACGAAGAACAAUGACAAAUAAAGCGAGACAUCGUGUGGGACACAUGGAGAAGAUUGGCUCGUGUUUUCUUUUUAUCUUCUUUUUAAGAUCUGUUAUAUUUCCAACUCCAGGGACUAAACCUAAUCAACAUCUCGAGGAGCGCAUGCGUGUCCACCCGUCAUCCUCCCCAACAUUGCCUGUCUUUGAAGAAACCAAUGUAGCCAAAUUUUUUAGGUUUUAUCUGGCCAUUUAGAUGCCUAUAAAAGUCUGUACGGAUGUACAGAAACAUUACCCUGGUUUAUUAUCAUCAUUUCUGUGUAACUAAUACAUGCUAAUGGGUCGCCAUGAGUCACUACUUUAUGGACUGGAACAACACAAAGUGAUUACAAUUCUGCAGUAAAAAGCUGGCACGAAAAGUUUGUAAAAGAUAUGUACACUGUUGAUAUGAAAAUUAAAUGUCAGAUUUCAAGUAGGAUAUAAUGGUUGUGAUCCUCUGGUCUAUGGUAUUUUUGUCCAUAAUCAUGCUGUGAUAUAAUUAUAAUUAUUAUUAUUAUUAUUAAUAAUAUGGCCCAAGUACUAGUAGUGCUAAUGGCCCUCUUGUUCUUAUAGCCAUUUUUUUUAAACCAGGGCUGUUUGGUGGUCGUAACAUGCUCAAAAAGCCAUGAAAAUCAGCACACAGGUAGGAAUCUGUGGCCAAUAGAAUGAGUUGGGCCUUCCACAGGAAAAUCUUGCUGCAUAGCUCAUACAUAUUUGCAUGUAUAAACGUAAAACUAAGUAACUUUCUUUCGCCUGCUCCAGUCAAGGUGAACGUGGUACACAUUCAGAUCUCCUUGAGCUGAAUGAUGCUGUGUGUCAUGGUGUUCUCAACAUGAAGUCUGUUAUUUUGAGGUGUUUGCAAAAGGCACCCAAUGGAAUUUACUAUAUGCCACCAAACCAGGCCAGUAUGAUCUGAGGACAUUGAGGAUGCAAAACUGCAAUGGGUUUUUUGUAUCUCAAACAUUUCAGAUGUAGUAUGGCGAAUAAAAAGAAACUGGAAGAGGCUAUAAUUUUUUGUUAUGUAUAAUUAUAUAGUAAAUAUAUUUUGUCAUAGUGUUGCUAUGACAUGAUAAGCAUCAACUUAUGUCAAAGGCGUUUGAUAUUUGAGUGUACUUAUAAACAAAUGUCAUUCAGAUUAAAGCCUUCAUGUCUCAGUUAA